CUCCGAGUCCGACGUGUCGCCCGAACACUCGCCAAGAUCCCUGGGAAACAGAGUCCUAGCUCUGAAUUAUUAAAAGCCCCAUUCUCCUCUCCAGCCUUAACAAGAUGCCGGCCGUUCAUCACAAAUUGCUUUUAGAGGACGCUUUGCAGGACAGUCCUCAGACUCGCUCCUUGCUCAGCGUCUUUGAGGAAGAUGCGGGAACGCUGACCGACUACACCAACCAGCUGCUGCAGUCCAUGCAGAGAGUGUUUGGGGCCCAGAGCGAGAUGGGAUUGGCUACCCAGCAGCUCUCCCAGCAGCUCCUCGACUAUGAGAAAAAGAACUUUGCCAUGGGGAAAGGAGACGAGGAGGUCAUCACUACUCUACAGAAGUUUGCCAGGACCGUCGAGGAGCUCAACGCCCUCCACACGGACCUGGCUAACCAGAUGGCAGACAGCAUGGUCUUCCCAUUAAUCCAGUUCCGGGAGAAAGACCUCACAGAAAUCAGCACACUGAGGGAGAUAUUUGGCAUCGCCACGGAUGAGCACGAAGCCUCCAUGGUCAAGUACAGCCGAUUGCCCAAGAAGAAGGAAAACGAAAAGGUGAAGGUGGACCUGGUGAAGGAGGUGGCGUACACCCGCAGGAAGCAGCACCAGGCGUCCAUGCAGUACUACUGCGCCCUCAACGCCCUGCAGUACCGCAAGAGGGUGGCCAUGCUGGAGCCCAUGCUGGGCUACACCCAAGCACAGGUGAAGUUCUACAAGAAGGGCAUGGAGCUGGUCACUAAGAAGAUGGACACCUUCCUUUCCUCUGUCUCCAACAUGACCCACAACAUCCAGGCCCAGCUGGACAGCGAGGCGGAGGCCAUGCGGAUGUCCCAGCGCGAGCUGCUCUCCGUGGAGGACACCGUCUACAUGCCCGACAAGGACGAUGACCCCGUGAGCCGCUCCCUCAUCCAGAAGUCUGGCUACCUCAACAUCCGGAACAAGACGGGCCUUGUGACCACAGCCUGGGACCGGCUUUACUUCUACCAGGGAGGGAACCUCAUGUGCCAGCCUCGCGGGGCAGUGGCCGGGGGCAUGGUCCUGGACCUGGACAACAGCUCGGUCAUGGCCGUGGAGUGUGAAGACCGACGCUAUUGUUUUCAGAUAACCUCUCCCACUGGAAAAACGUCGAUGAUCCUUCAGGCCGAGAGCAAGAAGGAGUACGAGGAGUGGAUCUGCACUGUCAACAACAUCUCCAGGCAGAUCUACCUGACCGAGAACCCGGAGGCUGUGGCCAUCCGGCUGAACCAGACUGCGUUGCAGGCGGUCACGCCCAUCACCAGCUUCGAGAAGACAGGAGGAUCGCCCAACCCUGACAGGGCCAAGCCCGGGGGGAUCCAUUGCAGUGCGGGGGACGCUCCGGGCCCCGGGGCCUCUUUGGAGCCAGAGGACCUGAUCGCUCCGGGGACCCCCAUUCAGUUUGACAUCGUUCUUCCCGCCUCAGAGUUCCAAGACCAGAACCGGACCGGGGGCAGGUGAGAAGGAAGGUUGUGGAAUAGUUACGACGCAAAGGUUUGCGUCGAGAAA